CUCACCUGCCCCGUCUGACGCUAGGGGGCGCCGCAGGCUGCCCGGCGCGCAGCUCGCUGCCCCGGAGCGCCGGGGCGGGGAGGCGGCGGCCAUGGACCGCUUCGUUUGGACCAGCGGCCUCCUGGAGAUCAACGAAACCCUAGUGAUCCAGCAGCGCGGGGUGCGAAUAUACGACGGCGAGGAGAAGAUAAAAUUUGAUGCUGGGACUCUCCUUCUUAGUACACACCGACUGAUUUGGAGAGAUCAGAAAAAUCAUGAGUGCUGCAUGGCCAUUCUUCUUUCCCAAAUUGUGUUCAUUGAAGAACAGGCGGCUGGAAUUGGGAAGAGUGCCAAAAUAGUGGUUCAUCUUCACCCAGCUCCUCCUAACAAAGAACCUGGCCCAUUCCAGAGUAGUAAGAACUCCUACAUCAAACUGUCCUUCAAAGAACAUGGCCAGAUUGAGUUUUACAGGCGUUUAUCAGAGGAAAUGACACAGAGAAGAUGGGAGAAUAUGCCAGUUUCCCAGUCAUUACAAACAAACAGAGGACCCCAGCCAGGAAGAAUAAGGGCUGUAGGAAUUGUAGGCAUUGAAAGGAAACUGGAAGAGAAAAGAAAAGAAACUGACAAAAACAUUUCUGAGGCCUUUGAAGACCUAAGCAAACUAAUGAUCAAGGCUAAGGAAAUGGUGGAAUUGUCAAAAUCAAUUGCUAAUAAAAUUAAAGACAAACAAGGUGACAUCACAGAAGAUGAGACCAUAAGGUUUAAAUCCUACUUACUGAGCAUGGGAAUAGCUAACCCAGUUACCAGAGAAACGUACGGCUCAGGCACACAAUACCACAUGCAGCUGGCCAAACAGCUGGCUGGAAUAUUGCAGGCGCCUUUAGAGGAACGAGGGGGAAUAAUGUCACUCACAGAGGUGUACUGCUUAGUAAACCGAGCUCGAGGAAUGGAAUUGCUCUCACCAGAAGAUUUAGUGAAUGCAUGCAAAAUGCUGGAAGCACUGAAAUUACCUCUCAGGCUCCGUGUGUUUGACAGUGGCGUCAUGGUAAUUGAGCUUCAGUCUCACAAGGAAGAGGAAAUGGUGGCCUCAGCCCUGGAGACAGUUUCGGAAAAGGGAUCCCUAACGUCAGAAGAGUUUGCUAAGCUCGUGGGAAUGUCUGUCCUCCUGGCCAAAGAAAGGUUGCUGCUUGCGGAGAAGAUGGGCCAUCUUUGCCGUGAUGACUCAGUGGAAGGCCUGCGUUUUUACCCAAAUUUAUUUAUGACACAGAGCUAAGGGUUUUGUAUUUAAAAUCAUUUUUGUCCAUAUGCUUGCAUCAUAUAGAGGUUGUAUGACAUUGAGCUAAGAGAUAAACCCUGAUCAACUGCUUGCAUCAUAUAGAGGUUGUAUGACAUUGAGCUAAGAGAUAAACCCUGAUCAACUGAGAAUUUAUUCGAACUUUACGGUAUAAUGUAAAACUCUUUUAAUUUUUCACUAAAUAUGGUCCAGGAAAUUUAUUUAGGAUACACAUAGGAAAAUACAGAAAAGUGAAUGCCAACAUGACUUUAAAAGCAUACUAUACUUGUGCAGAAGCCUGAGUUUAACUUGAAAUAUAGUGCAUUUUUAACUUGAUCCUCAAAUCUAAUUAUUUUGUAAAGAAGGGAAUUUAGUUUUGCAGAGAAUAAAAAGAGAAGUUGCAUGUUCGGACAGGUUAGAUGAUUAUUUGGGUGUGACUGAAAUUCACCAAAUUAUACAUGACAACUUGGGACAAAAUAUCAUACUGCAGCAUUGCUAUAUGAGGCUCCUGCCAAGGGCUUUUGGAAGCAGUCGUAGGCAUGUCUUCAACAUACCAAAUAAAACAGCUUUAAAAAUGAAA